AUGGUCGACCGUCCGCCCUCGCGAGAACUGCGCGCCCUGCAGCCUGUCGAAGUGUCUGGCCACACCGUCUUCAAUAUCGAUCACCCAUCUAGCAAGCGGAGGUCCCGACUGCGCACGUCCGUGCAGUUGCAGAACUCGUCGACAGCAGCAGAAGAAUCAGAUAGUGCAGCACCAGCGAUAGCGAAUGCCGGAACACCACAUCCACAGUCACCCUCCUGCGAGACCACCGCCGCGAUGCCGGAAGUGGAACAAGCCGUCGCCGAGCGCAAAUCGUACUUACACUCUUCUUCUGCAGAAAUGACGGGACAGACGCCCGAAGACAAGGAGAUUAUCCAAAACAAGCUCAUCAACGAGGAGUACAAGAUAUGGAAGAAGAACAGCGUCUUUCUCUACGAUAUCAUGUACAGCCGCGCCCUCGAAUGGCCCACCCUCACAACGCAGUGGCUGCCGCAAGUCCAAGACGUACCUGGUACCAACAUGCGCCAACAUAAGAUGAUCAUCGGCACCCACACGUCCGGUAGCGCCGCCGACUAUCUGCAGCUGUGCGCCAUCAACCUACCGAAGCCACCGGCAAUGACCGCCGCAGACUACAACCCUCACAGUGAGGAGCUUGGUGGACACGGCGCAACCAAAGAGCCUAUCACUUUCAGCGUCAUUCAGAAGAUCACCCACCCGGGCGAAGUCAACAAGGCCCGCUACCAACCGCAGUGCGUCAACAUCAUUGCAACGUGGUCGCCGAACAAGAAUGUCUACGUCUGGGACCGCUCCAAGCUUCCUUCUGUCCCCACUGGUGAAAUCAAGCCUCAGGCAACACUCAAAGGUCACGAGAAGGAGGGAUUCGCAUUGGAGUGGAAUCCACAAGUCGAGGGCCAGCUGAUUUCUGGAGGCGAAGAUACGACUGUACGAUUGUGGGACAUAGUUGGCAGCUUUACGCAGGACAACUCCGUCAUUUCUCCGGCUCGUACGUUCACACACCACUCUGCCGUUGUGAACGACGUGCAAUUUCAUCCUAUACACGGCAGGAACCUCUUCGGCUCGGUGUCAGACGACAAAACCAUGUGUCUGGUGGACUUGCGCUCCAAGGUUGACAACAGAGCCGCCAUCCAGUUCGACAGCGCGCAUGCUGAUGCCAUCAAUUCUUUAUCGUUCCAUCCAAAGCACGACAAGCUGUUUGCAGCGGGCUCCGCCGACAAGACUAUUGGUAUCUUUGACCUGCGCUUCCCUUCACACGGCAAGAUCCACAGCCUCGAGGGCCAUAAGGAUAUCAUUACCAAGGUCGACUGGCACCCAACAGAUUCCGCUAUCCUGGCCUCGGCUUCCAACGAUCGCCGCAUCAUCUUCUGGGACCUCUCCAAAACUGGUGCCGAGCAGACUCCGGAGGACGCUGAGGAUGGUCCGCCAGAGAUGCUCUUCAUGCACGGAGGACACACCAACCGCUUAUCUGACUUCUCGUGGAAUAAGAACGAUCCCUGGGUCAUAUGCUCAACAGGCGAAGACAACCUCAUUCAAUGCUGGCGUGCUAGCAGACAUCUCGUCGAGCUGCCGCCGUCGUUUGUGCAGAAGAGGGAGGUCGAAGGUCAAGGUGUGCAUUAG